CUCAUAAGAAGAAGAAGAAGAAGAAUUAAGGCGGCUUCUCGAAAUUCGUUUCACUGUCAACAACUUAUGACCACGUUGAUUUUUAAAUCUUAAGUGAUUUCAUGGAGUUUGAAGCUUAUCGGUGUCCUGAUGUAUGUUUCUAGCAGUGAUGGAGGGGCGGUGUGCUGCUGAGUGUUGGGCUGAUUUCGGUGUGUUAUUAAAGCCUGGUACGCCGCUGGUUAAACGCGCUUCUGGGACUAAUGUUUUCAUCUGCACCGGCAGCGAUGAAGUAUAUGUCUUCUCUACGGAGGAGAAAAAAAUCAAGGCGGUUGUUCGGCUUCCUGCUCCUUUGAGGGAUCUGGUUGUCAGCCAUGAUGAGCAGUUCCUGUUGGUGGCAUGCAGUAACGGCAUCUACUCUGUCAAUCUCCAGCUGCUUUCAGAAAGCACAUCCUGUGAUGCAGGUUCUGGUAUCACUGAGCUGGAUAUCACCUCGGCGUCCCUUAUUGCUGUUGCUGAAGGCCUGUCGUCUUUCCUCCUCGUCGGCUCGCUGCUCCUGACCCUUUGCCAAACUGACACUUCCUGGUUGUUGACUUUGUAUAAAACCCAACGACAGUCCCAGUCUCACACCUGUGACCUGAUUAGCUCCUUCUCCCUGCCUCUUGUCUCACCUUCUGUUCAAAGCCACAUGGAGUCAAAAUCUGUGCUGAUUUGCGUUUAUUGUGGCAAUGCGACUCCGCUCUCUUAUUCUCCUACAGCAUCAGAUGCAGGUUCAUCUUGUCGCCACUUCCUCCUUCAGCCGGUUCUCUUCAAGCUUUUGUUUGGGGUGGAAGCGGCGCUCGCCAAGUCUCCAGUUGUACUUUGCGGCCUGCCAGACGGACGCCUGUGCUUUCUCCCUCUGCGCCUCCCAGGAUCCCGGCUGCAGGUCCUCCAUAGCCUGGAGCAGCCGGUCGUGUUUAUUGGAGCAUCUGCUGUCAUGGAAACUGAUGCGGGUUGCGCUGCAGCCUUGGUAGCUCUGGGCAAACAAGGCAGAGUGUUGCUGAUUGAAGCCGGCAGGGCUGGGUCAGGGAGAGAAGGCGGUAUCGCCAGUUAUUCUAAGGGCUCUAUCCUCGGGCCUGUGGAAUGCGCCUGUGUGGAUAAAAGUUGUCUUUACUACAGCACCGGAUCCGACCUUCUUGCUCUGGCUUUGUCAGAGGGUUCUGCUGGGAGGGAAAGGAAAGAGGAGGACGAGGAGGCAUCUGGGUCCAGAGAUGCUUUUUUCUGCAGACCUGACAGUUUAAAUGUGAGCGGAGUCGUUGCUUUGGAUCAGCCUACAUGCAACGCUGCAGGUGAAGCUCAGCUGCUCAGCUUAUCUGUCAGAGGUCAACUGCGGAGGAUCAGUGUCCCUAUGAAGACACGGGGGGAAGGUUUGUCCACGCUUUGCUCCUCACAGAUUGGCCGCAGCGUUGGAGAUCUCCUGUCUGCCAUCGGUAAUGUCUGUGAAAGAGCAUCUGUGCUGAAAACCUCCAUUGGAUCUAAAAAUCAGAUUCUCAAGCAGCUGAAUGAAGUGAUUAAUAUAAGCUUCCUGCUGACGGACAGUCCUAACCCAGAGGAUAAGCCUAUCAGGUGUCGUGGUUUGGUAAGGUGGAGCCGGCUGCUUGACAAAGACUCCCUGGAUCUCACGUGUUUCCUGGAGAAUUUGAGUCCCUACCUCCUGGAGCGAGGUUGGACUCUGAGCAUCCUGCUCCACCCUCUGUCCAGUUUUCCGAAAGCAGGAGAGGGAACCUGCUCUGCAAAUUACUCCUUUCCGCUCCACAGUCUGCAUCCAGGGGGCUCUUUGAGAGUGUGUGUGCCUCUCAUGGCUGCAGGUGAUGCAUCCUUCCCUGUUACAGUGACCUGCUCGCUCAUUUUCUCCCUCCGGAGUUUUCUGGGAGGAAAAGGAGAAACGUCCUUCUCUGGUUUACAUAAUGGCUGUUUCAGUUUGCCCUUAAAUACACUGAUGGUGGACUGGCUGCACGCCCUCCGGAUGAUUGGCCCAUCCUCUGCGCAGAGCACAUAUAUAUCACCAUCCAACAGCAACCAGGCAGAUGCCAUCCAGGCCUUUAUAAGCUCACGGCAGAUGGGGUGCAGAGAAGGAGAUGGGCCUUCCAGGACAGGGGAGUAUUCUGCCACUGUCCGCAUGUCAUCAGACUUACUAAGACUGCAAAGAUCCAAAGACCCAAAGUUGGCCCCUCAGAGGUCCUGUGUCUCUCUGCUUGAGUGGCUGUUGUCUGAAAGUUGUGGUGGAGUGAAGAUUGGCCAUAAAGAAGAAAAGAUGGACAGAAUCAGCUCUGUGGUCUGUGGCCGUGCACCAAAUGAAGCCCCAAUUAAACUCACUGCAAAAGAGGUAAAUGUAGAGGAGGAGAGUUCUGGGAAGGAGGUGCCCCCGGUCAGUGCUGAGAUUAAGGUUGAGAGCCCAUCGGCGGCAGCUGUCUGCGGCCUGCACCACGCCGUGCUGCUUCGCAUUCAGACUCUGCUGCAGAAAGCUCCUGAAAAAGCCUGUUUCUCUAUAAAGGAAGAGAUUUCUGGUUUGAGACAAACUCUACAGCGAGCUGAGUCUCAACGAGGUCAAAUCUCAGAGGCGCUGAGUGUGGGCAUGUCCUCUGGGCAGAUGCAUCAGAUUCUCCUCAGUGUUUACCAGCAACUCAGGGACAGUCCUCUCCUCAUAGUCUAACACCUACUCAGCUGCCCUCGUUCUUGCUCAGCGUUCAGCAUCCUGAUGAUGAAGCAGCAUUCAUGGUUCCUAAUGAUCCUCCCUGUAAUUACCCGUUAAAUGCCUCUUGAUCUCCGACAACAGAGGAUCCGGGGCAUGCCUUCAACCUUCCACCUAUUAGCUGUGCUUUGGGACAGCAUUCAUGCAUUUUGAAUCUUUGAUGUAUUCAUUUUUCUAACCACAUUCUUCAAUAUAUUUGAUUGGAUUUUAGGUGUAGGAAGUUGGAAAGCAAAAGAUCUACAGGUUCAUAAGUUGUUUUUUUUUUUUUCUUUAAAUUCAGCUGCUACCCUCUUCCUUAGAGGUAUGAUUCUUCAUUUUUUUACACCUUGAAACC